CUUGGGGGUUAGAGUACCUUGAACAGUCCAUUUGGACGGCUGUCACUCUCCUCUGCAUACAAACAACAAAUCCUGACCUACUAUUGAGUACAGCAUACGCGACACCUUACUCGUUUAGUACAGAGGAACAGACACAUUCGACGCGUGCUCGAAUUAUUCAAAGAUAGGCUAUUUCACCCCGUCAGCACUGCGACCCUGCAUCUCAAACUCGUUGGUUUACAUUAGUUGUCUGAGACGAUUAAAGACGCAGCACGAGACGUCCGAGGACCGCAGACAUCGCCCGAGACUACGUUUUAGCCAUCGAAACCCCCCUUCCACUGAAACUCAGGGCCUAGCAAACCACCAGAAUGGUCAUCAAGUCGCGCUGGGCGCUUCCUCUGCCACAAGUAUCUCUGCCUACAUGGAUUUUCGACUCACCCACUGCCGACCUUCCAACAAUCCCCGCCUACAUAUCCGCAAAUGAACCAGACAAGUACUUCCUCUCGCUUUCUGACUACCGUCUAUAUGCGCAACGUCUCGCCUCUGGAUUGCGCCGCUCAGGCCUCCAGCCGGGCGAUCGCGUGCUUCUCUUUUCCGGUAACACCCUCUUCUUCCCGUCAUUCAUAAUGGGUGUAGUUAUGGCAGAGGGCGUCUUUACUGGCGCCAACCCAACAUACGUUGCUAGGGAGCUGGCGUAUCAGUUGAAAGAUUCUGGUGCGAGGUAUCUGAUCUGCGCAGAAGGCAGUCUAGAAACAGGCAUUGCAGCCGCGAAGGAGAUUGGUAUGGGCGCUGAUCAGAUUUUUGUAUUUGACGACGGAAUCGCAACAUUUCAAGGCCGCAAGGUGGAAAAGAGUACUGAGCUUGGGACCGUACGGCACUGGACAGACCUGCUAGACUCCGAAGAACAAGGCCGUAACUACGCAUGGCCCGACCUUCGGACAGACGAAGAACUAGACCGCGUCAUUCUACUCAACUACUCGUCAGGUACCACGGGCGUAGCCAAGGGCGUGAUGUUGACCCACAAGAACUAUGUCGCAAAUUGCAGCCAGCAAGUGCACAUCAGUAGUCGCGCCAAAAACUUCGCCCAGAACCUCCCACACAAGCGCUACCUCUGCUUCCUACCCAUGUACCACGCUAUGGCGCAGGCAGUCUUCUGCUACAAUGCCAUGAAGCUACGCGUCCCCGUGUACAUGAUGCCGAAGUUUGAUUUCCUGGAGAUGCUCCAGUACGUGCAGAAGUACAGGAUUACGGAUCUCAUAUUAGUCCCGCCAGUCGUUGUGGCCAUGGCUAAACACCCUGCAACGAGGAAGUUUGAUCUUUCGUCCGUGGAGUCAGUAGGCUCGGGCGCGGCGCCACUUGGCCAUGAGGUCAUUCAAGAAUUCGAACGCCUGUGGCCAAAUGGGCAAGUCAAUGUAACCCAAGGCUGGGGCAUGACGGAAGUCACAUGUGCAACCACUGCCUUUGACCCCUCGAAGCAUUCAGAGAGCUUUUCAGUGGGUGAAGUGUUGGCCAACUGCGAGGCGAAGAUCGUGCUAGAUGAUGAGGGGAAGGUUGAAGCAAAGCAGGGCGAACGAGGCGAGGUCUGGGUCAAGGGGCCGAAUGUCAUGAAGGGGUAUUGGAACAAGCCCGAGGCGACAAGAGAGGCUAUUACGAGCGAUGGUUGGCUGAAGACGGGAGAUGUGGCGUAUGUUGAUGAGCAGAAUCAUUUCUUUAUCGUCGACCGGAAGAAGGAGUUGAUCAAGGUCAAAGGGCUACAAGUCGCGCCUGCAGAGCUGGAGGCGCUGUUGCUGGAUCACCCGGAGGUGCAGGAUGCGGCUGUCAUCGGUAUAACUGUUAACGGCGACGAGCUCCCACGCGCCUACAUCAUGCCUCAGUCGCAAGACAAGGCUACGCCAGAAACAGCUGAAAACAUCAAGAAAUGGGUCGCUGAGCGGGUGUCUAGGCACAAGCGAUUGGAAGGGGGCGUGCACUUCAUUGAAGCGGUCCCCAAAAAUCCUUCUGGCAAGAUUUUAAGAAAACAGCUGAGAGAGAUGGCGGCUCUCGAGGACACCAAGGCUAAGUUGUAGGUGGUAGUUUUGGUAGAUAGAGGUGGGCCUCAUUCAAGAGAGCGACUUCGAGCUAGAUGGCUAGAUG